CUGAAACUUGCCAAAACGGGCAAUGGCUCGGGCGAAAAGUUCGGUCAAGCGCGAGUCUCACAUCCAGCAUAAUACGGAGUGCUCGCUGCUCGAUUCUUAUCUCGGCGUCCUUUUUACAUUUACCCUUUCCAAUGAGCCAUGCGAGACCUGUGACAAGGCUUGUCACAGAGAGUCUUCAAUCGUUGCCAUGGACGCGCUCUAGCAUCACGCUCGGCAGGCCCUAUCGAGUACAGUACCGCUUCCGACCUUUCUCGUCCCACGUCCGAUACCUACAUAGAUUCGCGCUAGCGGAUGGGCAAAGGGAAUACGAGCUGCUCGAGCAGCAGCAGCAGGCGCAAUUGACGAGACCGUUUGCUCCAUGGGAGGCGUUUGAAGGUGAUGGGUUCGACGACGGAAAAUCGGUAGCGAACAAACCCGCAAAUGUCAAACGGAACACAUUGGCGUUGGCCGAAGAUACCGCGUUACAGCUCAACUAUGACGUUCAUGUUGCGGUGGAGGAGGCGAAAAUUCAAGGCAGGACAGCAAGCGAAUUGUACGACAUUUUGCGCAUUGCUGCUGGCGAGGGUUCGGUGCCCAGCAUAUUCAAGGUGCAAGCCUGCAUCAAUGUCCUGAUCAAAGAGCAUGGCGAACAGCCGAACCUUCGCCUGUACUCUGCCCUCAUCUUGGCGCAAUGCAGAGCUGACGGCUCAGUUGCGGUAGUCGAGCGUUUGCUAGAUGAGAUGAGCCGCGACGGGUUCGAAUUGGACAUUGGGGCGUGUCACGACGUGCUCAAAGUGCUGAGCGUCCACCCGGACUACCUGCUGCGUUCAAAGAUCCUACUCUAUAUGAGAAACCGGUGGUUCCAGCUCAGCUAUAGUGGAUGGCAUGACGUUGCAGCAAGUCUCAUCAGGGAGGGAAGCCUGGAGAUUGCAAUGGAUUACAUGGAUGACAUGCGAAGAGAGGGCAUCCGGAUUCUCGGUUGGCUGUACGAUAUGAUGAUCUAUGCGCUGGCAGAGAGAGAGGAGAUGGAUGAGGUGCUCAGGCUUUUGAGACAGAGAGUUACUGAUGGAGAUCUGAACAUCAGCCCAACUUUGUGGUACUACUUGCUAGACGUCUCCAGCCGCGUCCUACACUACGAUCUUGCGUCCUACAUAUGGAAAUCGCGCGUCAAGACACACCAUCUGAACCCUCCCUCAGGCACCUGCGCUAAUUUAAUGAAUCUCGCUGCCCGUAACGGAGACCCAGAGCUGGCGCAGGAUGUCUUCGAAUUCCUCGGGAAGCGCGAUACCGUCUUUGAACCUCAACACUACGAAAUGAUUAUUGAAGCCUACGUUAACGUCAACAUGCCGGAAAACGGAUUCUACGUCCUUAGCGCUAUGCAAGAAGCGAACGUUCUUCCAAGCGAAGGUACAACUCGACGUCUCUUAGUGUGGUUGCGAGCUCAUCCAGAGCGCACGCAGCAUAUGUACAACGUACUGUGUGACAUCAAGGAAAAAGGAGGACCAAUCCCCGUCGCCGCCAUGAACGUGCUGAUCGAAGCUGCCGUACAUCACAGGAAGCUAGAUCAGGCCAUCGACCUCUACAAAGCCAUCCCUGAGAUGUGUAUGGGGUCGGCGAAUCUCGCUACAUUCAAUGCGUUGCUGAAGUUAUGCCGCCAACUGCAACGCAAGGAUCUUGCUCUCACGCUGGCUAGCGAAAUGGUUGCCUUGCGUGUUAUGCCAGAUGCAAUGACAUACGAUCGAAUGAUGCUCGUAUGUCUCAUAGGUGAAGAUUACGAGGACGGCUUGCGAUACUAUAUGGAGAUGAGAGCAAAGAGGUUUGAACCUCGAUUUGGAAGCGCGCUUAUGCUGGUGAAGACGCUGACGAAGUGGGGCGAUAAACGCGUUUACGGGGUUCUCGAAGAUCUUGCCGUUAUGGAUCUGCCGUUGAGGGUGAAUGAGUUGAGGAGAUGGGUCAAGGAGAAUUUUGGAAAAAAGGAGCACGUCAAGCUAAUAUCGUAUAAGGGUGACGAUGAAGCCAAUGUAAAGAUGGACGGACAAUGAGCUGCGCCAAGCCGACUGGCCGUGUCAAAGGUGCGCGUUUACACUGUCUAUAUUGAGCGCGUGGCCAUGAAGGAGGCCGUGCUGUAAAUAAUCCGAAGAAAAAUGUCUUCCACCUUGCCCAUUCGCAUUCUCCUUCAUGCUGGUGCGAGGCUGAAUGUGGGUUGACAUGAUGC